AGUAGAUACGUGUUCCCCGCGGUGACAGGUGGCCCGCGGCCCUCACGCAAGUAACUCGCGUUCGCGAAACCUUCCCUUUUGUUUAUAACACUUGUUGUGCUCCCGGUUCGGUGACAACCAGCGGGAGAGUUUCCUAAAGUUCGUGUUGAAACUUGAAAAUGUGAACUUUCAGUGUCGUGAAGUGUUUGGGUUAACUAAACGGCGCGAUAAGUCAUGUUAACAAGUAGGAUUAAAGUGAGAUUAUUAACAUAACUUUAAAGAUUUUGAUUGACAUAGUUCCAGCAUGGACUUUGCUGGUGUAAUCGAGUCGAGUUCUCAACAAAUUUAGUCACCGGCGCCAGGCGCACGCAGCACGAUGAUGGACUGCCUGUGCCCCGCGCCGCGAACGCUGGCCUGCCGCGUCGUGCUGCUGGAUGAUCGAGAACUGCUCCACGAAAUACAGGAUAACAGUACGGGGCAGGCACUCUUGGACGUGGUUUUCCGGCAUCUAGACCUCUUGGAAACAGCCUACUUUGGGCUACGAUACGUUGACCAGGACAAUCAAACUCACUGGUUGGACGUCGGGAAGCGCCUGCGCCGGCAGCUGCGCGGUUCUGACCCGCACACCUUCUACUUCGGAGUCAAGUUCUACGCCGCUGACCCUUGCAAACUAUUGGAGGAAAUCACGAGGUACCAGUUGUUUCUGCAAGUGAAGCAAGACGUGCUCCGCGGCCGGCUGCCCGUCAACUUCGACCUCGCCGCCGAGCUGGCAGCCUUUGUGCUACAAUCGGAGCUUGGUGACUACGAUCCUCGUCGGCACGUGUCCGGCUACGUGUCGGAGUUUCGGUUCCUGGCACACCAAACCCCUGAACUGGAGGCUCGCGCUGCCGAAAUCCACCGUACGCUCACCGGCAUUUCGCCGGCGCAAGCUGAACUGAGUUACCUGGAUAAAGUGAAAUGGCUCGACAUGUAUGGCGUCGAUUUGCACCCCGUUAUGGGUGAAGACAGCGUAGAAUAUUUCCUCGGCCUGGCGCCCAGCGGGUUGCUACUGCUGAAAGGGAAACACACCGUCGCUAACUAUUACUGGCCGCGCGUCUCCAAGUUGUAUUACAAGGGGCGUUACUUUAUGCUUCGCGUAGCUGACAAAAAUAAUGAGACGUCAACAUACGGCUUCGAGUCUCCAACACGGUCGGCCUGUCGGCACCUGUGGCGAUGCUGUUCCGACCACCACGCCUUCUUCCGCCUUCAACAGACUUCGCCAGCCUCCGCCGACAUCUUUGCGUUAGGAACUCGGCUGAGGAACAGCGGGAGAGGAGCCCGGCCGAGGCCGCCGCCGGCCUUCACGCGCACGCCAUCGCGGCGCAUCGCGCGGCCUCCACACGCCUCGAUGCACGACGUGCACAAACUAGAAGACUUGAGAAUAAAAGACUGUCCCCCGGAAAUUAAACAACCUACCUCAAUUCACCGACCCAUUUCCAUGAGCGUCGAAGGGACGUUGGAGCCGGCGCCAGCACCAGGCUCGCCGCGGUCGACGCGCUCAGCCCCGGCACGGCGGGGGCUGUACUCUGCGUCGCCCAGCGCAACGCGACCACCUCCCGCGCCCCGCCACCGCUCCGCAUCCGUCGACUCGCAGAGCUCCAACGAUUCGCGAUCCAACCGCAGGCAUAAGCACCGGUCUCGAAGACAGCAGUCGGACGCUGAGAGCGAAAUGUCGCGCGGUUCAGGACGCUCGGGGCGGCGGCACCGGCGGCACCGCUCGCGCCACAAGCACGAGUCUGGCUCCGAACACGACUCGCAACCCGAUACCAAAGAAUACGAGCUGGUGGAAUCUGAGUCCCAGUGGAAGGAGGUACUGAGACAGACGACCGCCGGCAGCGGCGUUCAAGUUGCCAACGUUCGUCGUUCACAAAUGGAACCAGAAACAGGAACGCACCGAUCAUCUCACAAACACAGAAGGCACAGGAAACAUCGGUCACGGUCUGGAUCUCCAAACGAUAAGAAAUGGCUGCCUAGCGAGCUGAAGCAACACCUAGAAUUUUCACUGGUCGAUACGGCGGGCAUGACGGAGGAACAACUCAAGGAGAUCCCCUACACCGUGGUACAGACUAGCCACGCGCGGCAGACCAAACUCAGAACUUCCUCUCGGCAUAGACAGACGGAACACGGAUCAUUAGCGAGGCGAGAGAAGAGUUCCUUAACUCACAGCAAGAGCGCCCAUGACAACCAUAACCAAGGAUCCCUCCGAUCAAACUCAAGCACCCUCAGCACGCACCGAACCGGCAUCGAGAAAUACGGAAGGCGUGUAUACCCGAGCUACGACGAGACCGUUGGCCGGGGAGAUGAUUUCUUAACAAACAACGGAUAUAAAGGCAACGUGACGCCUGUCUCGAACAACAACAACCCUUACAGCCCAGUGACAAAUAGCAAUAGCAACAGCUCAAGCGGAGAAUUGAUAUCAGGGAGCGCGCGAGUCUCCCACGAACACACCGACUCGGGCCUGGGGGCCGAUCAGGAUUACGCCUAUUCUUCCGAAAGGUCGAGCGACAGCGCGAAGUGCGGCGCACCGGUGUCGGCGGCGCCAGCUGCAGAGCAACUGAAUUCUUCGAGCGAGGCGCCCGGGGGCUCGGGCGCGGACGGGCCGCCACCGGCCGGCGCCAAAACUUCGGCCACGGCUGAAAUGAGCACCGAGCUGUGAACCGGCUUCUAUUUAUACUUAGUAUAAAUAUUGUAAAUAUUCAAUUGUAUUUUUAAACAAUGUAUGUUAACGUAUGUUUUAUAUUUUAUUAGUUAUAUUGUUUAUAUGCAAUUCUGAUUAUGUUAAAAUAUUUUCGUGAAUAUUGAAGCUCACAUCAGUUUUCAUGUUUGUGUUGUGUACAGGAUUUUGUUUUAAUUAGUAAAUAGACAGAUCUAUUUUAUGUUUAUAUCUUAAUUAUGAAAUAAGUUUAAAACUAUUCAAUGAUACCCAUCCAUGAUUGUGACAAUUUAUAUAAAAUGUCAAUUAGGUAUAUAAGAUCUGUGCCAAAGACUUGUUCUUUCUUUUUACUUCUGGUUACUAGACGUUGUUACUUGAAAUGCUCAGUUUAAAAUAAGGAGUAAUUUGUUAGUCUUAUUAGGGAUAUCUUAACUCCAUUAACAGUUUUUUGAAACAUAUUUUCUUUACAUUCAAACUUGUGUUAUUUUUAAGUGAAAUGAUAUUUUUUUCGUGUAAAAGACGGGUAUUAUUAUGAACUAGGUACUUAUUAUCAGUUUCACUGAACAAGUUAUUGAACCAUGUACAGUUGUUAUGUAGAUUAGUAUUUGUGGAAUAAUGAGCAAAUGUGUGAAGUGUGAACAUGUUCACCAACAUAAUAUAAAGUAACUAUCAGUAAUCUUUUUCUAGUAAUUGAUUUACAUGUAAAUAAAACUAAUGGAGCGGUGAGUCGGUGAAGCAUAAUGUUUGGAAUUCGUAAGCCAGAAGUUAUUGACUAGAAAACUAAUUUAACACGUUUGCUGUCCCAAUACAAAACUAUAUAACAAAGUCCCACGUCUAGGUAUGCUUUCACUUUGAAGUUGUAAACCCAUAGUGGAAGCACGGACUCCUGAAAAAAAAAAACUUCAUGACCGCACAUUGGGGGCACUCGGACAGGGAACGUGUUAAAAUACCUAUCUCCACACAAGAAAAUCUUAGUACCUAAUUCUGGAUGUUAUAAAAUAAUUGGUAAGCGCAAGUCACAAGUAGGUAGAGUAAGAGGGUCAUUGGUAGGGGAAAGUGGCAAGACUGAAACCCACUAAACCCGAAAGUUUGUAUCCAAUUACAGUUUUAUAUGUAUUUUUUCAAAACUGUUCCGGUUGUCCACAAUAAACAUUACUAUUUGGAA